AUGGACAACAUGAUGAAUGAGCUGGUUGCGAUGGGCCCUCUGGACGGGCAGUCAUCAACGAGACCGACGUAUACCAGAAUUUUAACGUCAACUAAGUAUAACGACGAGCGCCACCGUCACUGGUUCGUGGCCUGUAGGAUCGCGAGCACCCACUUCGGUGUAAGCCAACUGCCAGACCCUUUCCGACCCCACGGCGGUGAAAGCGUAACCCUUGCGCAGGCCACUGCCGCAAACAGGAUUCACGAGUGCUACAUCGAGGGGUUCGAGGACGUAAUGAUGAGAUUUUAUAAUCUCGGGCUGAGUCGCGUGUCCACUGCGGCACAUCUUUAUGCGCUGGAUUUCAGCUUGUGGAUGAGAGUUUGUCUUGCAGGAUAUGCUCUUGGCUGCGGUGACUUUGGCGACAAGUUUCAUUACACCAAACCGUCAGCUCACGUUGGGCCCUUCUCUGCUGAGUAUGAUAUUUUCUACCAUGCCAAACAAACAGAAAGAUUUCGUGAGAGACAGAUGGUCAGCGGAACCGUCAUUUUUGGUGCUGUGCCGAUUCCAAAUGCUCCUGGUGGGCCUCGUCAGGCAGUCACUGCCGCGAGCACCAACAUCAGCCAACCGUCGAGAGAGGAGAAUGAGCGACCCAGUCCCCAGAUCUCUGCAGCAGAGGUGAACCCCAAGUCGGCAGCUCUACAGAUUCAUGAUUCAGAAAAGCAUAUUCUCGACGUUGCUAUCACAAAAGCCAACGUGGACCAACCAUCAAAAGAGGAAACAGAGCCAGCUCACUCUGAGGUGCCUGCAACAGAGGCACACCCAACGUCAACAACUCAAACAAAUUGUGCUUUGGCCAAGCGUAGCCUCGAUGCGACCGACCCUCCAGCUCUGGCCCCGCAAUCCAAGAGGCAACAGCCAGGCCUUCCUUUGAGGACACUGGCCAGUGUGCUUGAUCGCCAAGAGGUCCAUCUACCUUCUCAGGCAAAGCAAGAGUCGCAGGGCACGACUGUACCUACCGUAGCACAAAGCAAUUCGCAAGCCGAAAGAGGUAAUGGGUCUGAUGACACAAUCUGCGGCAACAGAGCCUGUAGAAGGCCCGGUCAUGAGUUGGCCGACUGCUUUGGGCCGCCGUCCAAUAUGGGUGACCUGGAUGGCUGCCCUUUCUGUAAUACCCAACAGCAUGUCCUCGACAAUUGCCCAGAUCUCCCAAGAGCUGGAAAGAACAAGCUAUUUGACACGCUGAUCAUACGACGGGCCAAUUUACCACCUAUUCGAACGGCUAUCUCUUUUCUCCACUUGGCAGCUGCCGCCAAAAAGCUAGAUGUACUGGCUGAAACUAUACCGCUCCAGAAACGCACGGCCAGAUGGACCUAUAGCGAGUUGAAGCUGUGGCAGCAUCCUAACCCAUCUCGGCUCUUGCUCUUCCGAGACCCUGAAUUUUCUUCAGAUCCCCAGGUCCUCAUGGGGAAGCUCUAUGAGUCCUGGGAUGCACUCGUAAGCAGCACCACGCGGAUCGAUAGAAAUACUGAGUCUAUACCCUCAGCUAUAAUGGUUUUCAAGAACCAAUGGAUGGCUGAGCUUGUGCCAUAUAACAAGAUUUACCAGACUGCCAAAAUCAGGGUGGAAAAGCGAGGCCCCUAUCCGUUCGGGCCCCAAGACGAGUUACUUCGUAUCCAGAAAGGACACCGCGAGAUGGUUCAGGAGCACCUCUUUGUUUUACUGAAGGAGCGCUACGAGCUUCAAUCCAGCAAAAGCGAGAAUGAGGGCGUUCAGAACCAGGAAGAGUAA